AUGUCCACUGAAGAUCCUCAAAGCACUUUCACCCAGGAAGAUCACCAGGUGGCCUUCAUCUUUAAUCCGGAAGAGAAUGAAGCUCCACGCCGAGAGAGGCCCUCAAAAAGGCGGAAAACUGCCAAGAGGGCUGCAGCAAUCGAAAAUGAAGCACAGCAGGAUGAGGACAGUUCAUCAUCGUGGUUCACUCCCUUGCUUAGUGGUGCGGAGAGCAUGGCUUGCGUGCAGCGACGGCAGCGGCUUCUUGACGAGAAUUGGGCGGUGGUUGAUGCUCGUAUCAAGAAUAUUUUGAGAGACUCCAACUCUGCGACUCUGGAGGACGUGUCGCGAUUUGUGACUGAAGCAGAAUCAGAGUGUGGCGAUAAGAUACCCUCUGCUUUUAUCAUUACAGGCCCCAACAUCGCCUCUCAAGAUUUACUCUUCGAACAGCUGUCGGACUCACUUCAGAAGACAUCACAGAGCAAAUUCAUUAGGCUACGGUCUUCGGAAGCGACCAACUUGAAGAAUGCUCUGAAGAAGAUUAUUCAAGAUGCAACGUCGCAGACGCUGGUCGUUGACGGCGAGGAAGACUUGCAAGUUGGGCAAGGCUCAAAUCGGCGCUAUCUGCCGUAUGACCUUGAGGCAUUGCAUGAAUUCUUGGGCCAUCAGCCUCACGAGAAUGUCUUUGUCGCAUUUCAGGAUUCUGAAGGGUUUGACAGCGGCUUACUAUCCGAUAUCAUUACUUUGCUUAGCUCAUGGCGACCGCAGAUCCCUUUUACUUUACUAUUUGGAAUUGCUACGUCAAUUGAUCUACUGGAAAACCGCCUGUUGAAGUCGGCGUGCCGCCUGAUAUACGGUGCGCAGUUUGAUUGCGUACAGACAGACACCAUCUUGGAGAAUGUCUUCAAAGGAGCGGUGAUAUCCAGCGAUGUCCCCCUUAGGCUAGGACCGCAGAUCUUGAGGAGCAUGCUUGAUCGCCAACGGGACCAUAUGGCUGGUAUUCAGGCAUUCAUAAGCUCUUUGAAGUACAUUUAUAUGUGCCAUUUUUACGCCAACGCCCUCAGCGUCUUACUGGCCCCAGAGGUUGAAGGAGGGGGAGAAAUCCUACAGGCCGAGCACAUCGAGGCACUGAGGCAUCUCCCCUCGUUUCGCAACGAGGUGGAGAAGGCCGUUGGGCUCGCAACCACCGACAGCCUUCAACAUGCUCGCUCACUUUUAGAGGACGACGAAUAUCUCCUCUCACAGGCCCAAGCUAGUAACGACUGCCGACAAAGCUGGAUGGAUGGCCACCUGCGCUCACUCCUCGUUAGGGAAGCUGCAGGAGCAAUCCAGCCCCCACUCUCGCGGGCGUAUGUCGACUCCCUCUCUACGACGCAUCCUGAAUCAGGAAAUGGUAGCCUAACAGAAUAUAUCCGGCGUAUGAGCAUAGGCGCGCUUAUUGGCACGCUGCGUCGGGUUAUCUCUAUAUUUAAGGAAGGAGAGCCGAGCUUGCAUCUCCAACCAGCGUCACAGGAGGAAGACGUCGCGCUACUAGGCUUCCUAGAAGAGACGCUAUCACGCCUAGAACAGCUCGAAUCAGACGCGGAAAGCGCAGGCAUCACACUGCUCACCAAAUAUAGUAGCCAGAGCAAGGUGAUGCGGACGACGGUUAUUGCCCAGCGGGUCCAACUGAGUCGCGACUCUGCAGCCCUCCGCGAUGAGGAUAGGCAGUUGACAAACAUCGUAGACGCAGUAUCAGAACGGCUGACUCUACACAUUAGGGCAAGCCGCCCCGAGAAGGUGCUGUUUUCAGAGACGUGGCUGUAUGACAACAGGUCGCCUCUCCGGGAUAUUAUGGUGCCACGGCCUCGGGUGACAUUCAAGCGCAGCUUGGCGCGGCCGUACGACUAUCUGGCUUGUAGCUGCUGCCGAGGCGGCGAUGCAGAGGACGGUACCAUGCAGGCGACACUUCCCGCCACGUCUAUUCUAUACCAUUUGUAUCUUGAGGCAGGCAGUUUGAUCAAUGUGGCAGAUAUGUGGUCAGCAUUUUAUGCCCUGGUGAGCGGGCAUAAAGAGGAAGAGGAGGAGAGUGAGGAGCACGACAAGCAGCAGCAGCAGCACGAUGAGCGGACAGCUCUGGUCAUGUUCUACCGAGGCCUGGCUGAGUUGAGAGCCAUGGGAUUCGUCAAGAGCAGCAAGAAGAAGACAGACCACAUUGCCAAGGUGAGAUGGCUAUGA